GGGUGAAGAAUGCUUGGUAUGUGCGGACGACAACAACAUGAAAGGCGACGAGUGUGCAGCCCCAGCGAUUGUGCGUCCGCAAAUCAAACCCAAAUGCGCCUUGCGUCCUUUUAUAAAUUGAACCGCAGACACCAGACGUCCCGACGCGCCUUUGUCGCCCAAAAACCGACCGCCGGUGCGAGUUUUAGCGAGGCGGCCACGCAGUUUAUUUGAUGUCAAACACCCUGCAGAGGCGGAGAUGGUUUGGUCUGUAGUAGGUGGGACUGCCGAGCGGUCUGCAGCAGGACGUCGUAGAUCAAUGAACCGGACCGGAGGGUUGGUCCAUCGCCUGGUGUGCAUCUGACCGUAUAGAUGUGUCAGUAUACCUAUGCAGGACCUUUUAUUUUUCUGUCCUGAUAAGCGGCUCGCUUCAGUAUGCGGAUGUUAUAAAGCGACUCUCUUAUUCUUUCCUUCCAACCGCUCGGAUUCCGUCUCCACUGGCUCAUCGUUGCGAUUUUUUCCAUUUUCUGGGAACUAAAAUACAUCCGUAACCUCCAGGAUGAUCUUUGCAAACACGGGCAACCCGCUGAAGACAGUCAAUCGUAAGCAGUGGGUUUCCUGUGUGCAGUCCUACCCCAUGACUCCGUCCAGUCCCAGCAGCAGCAGCAACAGCAGCAGCACAGGCCUGGAGCAGCUCAGCAAAACCAACCUGUACAUCCGUGGCCUGCCUCCUGCUACCACAGACCUGGACCUGGUCAAACUCUGCCACCAGUAUGGAAAGAUUCAGUCUGCAAAGGCAAUCCUGGACAAGACCACCAACAAGUGCAAAGGUUACGGCUUUGUGGACUUUGACAGCCCAGCGGCUGCUUUAAAGGCAGUACAUGCUCUGAAAACCAGCGGCAUACAGGCCCAGAUGGCCAAGCAACAGGAGCAGGACCCCACAAAUCUGUAUAUUUCCAACCUGCCUCUCUCUGUGGAUGAGAAAGAGUUGGAGAACAUGCUGCAGCCCUUCGGCCAGGUCGUCUCCACACGGAUCCUCAGAGACUACAGCGGCAACAGCCGAGGCGUGGGCUUUGCCAGGAUGGACACAACAGAGCAGUGUAACGCAGUCAUCUCCCACUUCAAUGGGAAGUUUAUCAAGAUAGCUUCAGGAGGUCUGGCUCCUUCUCAGCCUUUGCUGUGUAAGUUUGCAGACAGUCAAAGGAAGAAACACGCUCACAGCGGAUUCGUUCCCAAUGGGCAAACGGGGGAUCUCAGACUAGGUGCCAUGACUCUCACCUACGACCCCUCUUCAGCAGCCAUUCAGAAUGGGUACUAUCCUUCUCCGUAUCCGGUGACCAACAGGAUAAUGACUGUACAGCCUGCAAUGUCUCCCUACAUGUCUCCAGUCUCUGCUUACCAGGUGCAGAGUCAUUCCUGGGUGGCACAUCAACCAUACAUCAUGCAGCACCCGGCUGCUGUGAUGUCUCCCUCUGUGGAUCCCUCCAUGUCACUGCACCCCACAGCCACCAUUACUCAGCAGAUGGGCCAGCUGUCGUUGGGAAACACUGGAGCGUACAUUGCUGCCAACCCUGGUGUCCAGGGAGCUUACAUGCCUCAGUAUCCUCCCAUGCAGGCAGCACCGGAAAACGGCACGCCGCAGCAAGUGGAUUCUUCCAACAACUCGUCUCCGUACAGUCAACUCAGCAAGUAACCACAGGCCACAUCAUUGCUGCUUUUUGAGCUAGAGGGCGGGUGGGAAGUUGCUGAUGACAUCACAGGGAUAUAACGCCGCCUGCUCUGAUUGGACCAGAAACAUGAACUUUUUGCACAGCCCUGACAUUCGUAGUGGAAAAUGAGGACAGUGUAAAUGGACUCAAGCAGUUGGCUAGUCACGGAAAAAAGAAAAAAAAAAAAAAAACAAGAUUUAUUUUGAUAAGAAACAACAUGCUCUUCUUUUUCUCUUUUUCAAGGAUUCUCAAACAUUUGCCAGAGGACCCCCUUCCUCCCUCCUUCCUCUUCUUCUCCCCCCUCCACUCCCCUCAUUCCCUCAUUCAAGUAUGAUGUGAUAUUAAAAUGCAUGAGAUUGAGAAAUCCCUCCUCCUCAACCCCCUCCAAGGUUUCUAUGAUUUUAUAGUUCCUUUAUAUGUGGUAUCUGAAAAAAACCUUGCAGACCUUGUUUGCACUGAAGUUUCUGAACUUCAUUUUGGGUUUAAAAAUGGCCACAGAAUAGCUUAAAAAGAAAGCUCAGUUUUAUGUUCAAAUUGCACUUGACCGGCGAGACAGAUGACCAUUUCAUUAGGAAAUUAAUAAAUUUAAUAUUGGAAAAGGUGCCUUCCUUACGUGACAUCGAACAUUCUCCAACAUUGUUUCCAUCAAACUCGAUCAGGUGUCAUACUUCUAUCCGAUCGAUCAAAUGUGUGUGUGAAAUCAUGGAGAUUUCCAUCGAGUGUUGUGCUAUCUAGUCGUCUGGUAGCAAUAAAGACAAUGAGAGUCCCACGGCAAUACCGAGAAAAAAAGAAUGGUGACAAACUCAGAGCAAGGUAAUUCCUUAUUUUCCUAUUUCCUUUUUUUAAAAAACGUAAAGACAUGACAUGAAACUAGAGCCCUACUUUUAUGAAAUUACAAGUUUUACACCCAAAUGGGCAUCUUUUAGGAGGGUUUGCUUUUCUCUUGUGGUCAGUUUGACCAGUGAUCUACCUCAUGGUUCUGCUGGAGUCUGCUGGUGUUGUGGGGGUUUGCAGGUAAAGCCCCUUUUGUACCAGACGGGACCGCGCAGACCAGAAGCCACGCUCAGGAGCUGGCUAAACAGGACUUCUGCCGUUUGUCUCCCACAUGCAGCUUUCAUUUCUCUUCCUGAUCUUCAAAAAAACAAAACAAAAAAGAAACAAAAAACAUUGUGCUUUUAAAAAAAAAAAUCUUUCUUUGUCACGGCUUCUGUUCUGGUGUGUCUUUUUUCUCGACAUGAUUAGUGUUGUGAUGCUCCAUUUUAGAGAUUCAAAGUUAGGACAUUUUCUUCUUCGUUCAAAAAACCAAAACAAAAAACUGUUGGUUUACUGUGUGCUUGAAAUCAAUUAAUGCAGGAUACAUGCAUCCUUCUGCUUUAGACAGGUCUUACAUGGCUCACACUGUAAAACUCUCCCAAAAAAAUGCUACAAUUCAGCCAAAUUUUGGUCAUUUGGUUAAAUAAAUAACAUGCCAAAUGAUUUGGAUUAGUGGAAAAAGUAACUCAGAUCUUGCCUCAUGCAGAAUUUAUUCAACAAUCAUGUUUAAAGUAUUUAAAAAAUGGCUGUCUUUCAUUAGAACAACAUGAAAGUUGGAAUCAUUUGACUGACAGCAAAUGUUUCUCAAGAAUAACAUUUGUAAAUUAUUUACAUUCAGGGCCAAAAACUGAAAAGUAAGUGAGGUUUAUUGUUUGCUUAGAUUUUCUUUUUUUUUUAAACCUAUGAUUUCUGAUAUGACUAUGAAACAAAAAAAAAAUGGCGAAAGAUCGCGGUGCUUCUCCUCCGAUCAGUAGUACUGAAGCAGUAAAUACUCACCGUAGAAAAAUACAGCCAGGCUUCUACUGAGUGUACUUAACAAUUCUGAACAUUUGUUGCUGGAAAAAAAUGUAAAAAUGAAAAAAAAAUUCCUGUUCUCCUCAUUGCCUCCUUCCUGUCACCUUCUACUGAUUCUCAAACAAUCGUCUCCUUGCUCUUUCUCUCUCUCUCCUUUGAAAACAUUGAAUAAAAACAGUGCUGAAUAAAAAUGCUCUUCUCUUUCUCA